UAUCCAUGCGAACAUUUGAUCGACAGACUAGAAACAGUGCGAUUCGGCUGUUAGUUAAGAGCUUCAAAGACAAGAGCCGUAUUGAUUUUUAUAACAUCACGAACAGUUUGCGAUCUACCAGUUUAAUAGUUAUGCCAUUCGCGAAUCAGCCAACGGUUUCAAUCACUGAACUGACAGAAGACAACGUUAAAUUCGUAGUAGAAGAUACAGAUCUUAGCACAGCGAACUCUGUACGACGAGUUUUCAUUGCGGAAGUACCAACCUUAGCGAUUGAUUGGAUACAAAUUGAAGAAAAUUCAUCAGUUUUAAAUGACGAGUUUUUGUCGCAUCGAAUUGGACUCAUACCGCUUACCUCAGAUGAUGUGGUUGACAAAAUACAAUAUUCUCGUGAUUGCAUGUGUGAUGAUUUCUGCCAAGACUGUUCCGUAGAAUUUUACCUUGAUGUAAAAUGUACAGGGGAAGGUACUAGGCAAGUUACAACCCGUGAUCUGAUAUCUAUGAACCCUAAGGUGGUUCCUAUCACAUCCAGGAGUCGUGGAGACAGCAGUAAAAGUUUUGGUGAACAAGAUGAUAUUUUGAUUGCAAAACUUCGAAAAGGGCAAUCGUUGAAAUUUAAAGCAUUCGCAAAGAAGGGGUUUGGAAAAGAACACGCAAAGUGGCAAUGUGUGAGUGCAGUUGCAUUCGAAUAUGAUCCUGACAAUGCAUUACGGCACACAACAUAUCCUAAACCAGAGGAAUGGCCUAAAAGUGAAUACUCAGAACUUGCAGAUGAUGAAGACAAAUACCAGGCAGAUUUUGACCCGCAUGGAAAACCAAACAAAUUUUUCUUCAAUGUUGAAUCCACUGGUGCACUGAGACCAGAAAAUAUUGUACUAAAUGGACUUGCAGUGUUAAAGAAAAAACUUAGUGACCUACAGACCCAGCAUAGCCAAGAGCUUCAACAAGAUGGCCUGACCAUUAACUAGCUGCUAUGGAAUGAAUAUUUUUGUACAAAUUCAUGAAAUAUUUGAUGUGAACUUUUA